CUUUUUUUUCUCCCACGCGCGAGCACAUUUAUAUUCUUCCACCGCCGCCGAUGACCGCCAUAUGCCCGUAGAAAUCAUUUCUACCAUAUAUUCCGGACGAAACUUAAUUUUCCAGACAAAUAACGUUCCCUUUCAAUUUCUACCAUCAAAAUCACGCACAGUUUGACUCUAAAUCACAAAUCAGACUCGAAAAUAUGUCGGAGAAAUUCUCGGCCACACUAAGGAUCGGUGACCUUAAUGAUUUCAUCGCACCGUCACAGGGCUGUGUUGUUUCUAUGAAGUCCGGUUCCGCUAGGCUCGUUGAUAAGCCAAAGAAGCUGGUAAAAACAACACCUGUUAAAGAAACUCUUCAAACAGAUCCAGUAAAAAUAUCACUCAAGGAUUGCUUAGCAUGCAGUGGGUGCAUUUACUUCUGCAGAGACUGUUAUUCAAGAGCUUCCAUUGCUGUGCAUUAUGGUCUUUCUCCACUUCAGGUUUUCAAGAAACUGACUACACUUUUCAAAUCUUUGGGGGUUAAAGCUGUAUUUGAUACAAGUUGUAGUAGAGAUUUGUCUCUUAUUGAAUCUUGUAAUGAAUUCAUAUCACGUUAUAAACAAAGCAAUUCAGAUGACAAGGAAUCUUCUAGAUCAUUUCUACCCAUGAUAUCCUCUGCAUGUCCAGGGUGGAUAUGCUAUGCUGAAAAAACACUUGGUUCGUAUGUUUUGCCAUAUAUUUCUUCAGUGAAGAGUCCUCAACAAUCCAUUGGAGCUAUCAUUAAGCACCAUCUAUGCCACAAGCUAGGCAUUAGGCCAAGUGAGAUUUAUCAUGUGACAGUGAUGCCUUGUUAUGACAAAAAGCUGGAGGCUUCAAGAGAUGAUUUUGUUUUUCAUGAUGAAUCUGGUGAAAUGACUACAGAGGUAGAUUCUGUUUUGACAACUGGAGAGGUCUUAGAUUUAAUACAGACAAAAGCAGUAGUAGAUUUCAUGAAUUUGGAUGAAUCCCCUGUUGAUAAAUUGUUAUCGAAUGUGAGUGAAGAAGAGAAUCUUUUUGGGGUUAGAGGAAGCUCAGGAGGAUAUGCAGAUACAAUCUUUCGUUAUGCUGCAAAGACACUUUUUGAUCAGGAUAUCAAAGGCCCUUUGGAUUUUAAAACCAUUAGAAAUUCUGACUUUCAGGAACUCAGCUUACAAGUAGAAGGUAAAACAGUAUUGAAGUUUGCAUUGUGUUAUGGGUUCCGAAACUUGCAAAAUGUAGUCAGGAAACUUAAAAUGGGAAAAUGUGACCAUCAUUAUUUGGAGAUCAUGGCAUGCCCUUCAGGGUGCUUAAAUGGAGGUGGGCAGCUGAAGCCAAAAUCAGGACAAUCUGGCAAAGACUUGAUUCAAGCAUUAGAGACCUCGUACAUGCAAAACGUUUUGGUUGCGGAUCCAUUUGAAAACAUGAUGGUGAAGAGGUCAUACGAGUCAUGGCUGGAACAUCCCGGUUCUGAAAAAGCAAAGCAACACAUACACACACAAUACCAUCCCAUUGUAAAAAGCAUUACUUCUCAGCUCAAUAACUGGUGAACAACCACUUUCAACUUCUCAUGUCCUUCAACAUUGACUUUUUUUGCGUUGACCUUAUGCCAACUGGUGAAGAAGUUGCAAUUUUGAAUUUUGAUGGUGGUAAUAAAAAGAUUUAUUCUAAAUUCAUACACACAAGAGAAAGACACGUCACGAAAGGGAUUGGUGUAGGUGUAUUUUUAUUUCUUAUGUAUUUUGUAGAUAUAUAUUUUGUAAUUUUUAUGGAGAACGUGUAUAAUUUUAUCUUAGUUUGUUAAUUCCUUUUGUUUCCAAUGCAC